CAGUUUACCUCACUGUCAACGAGACGAAACCACACUCAAGGCGAAGAUGAACCGUGUUGCAGUAAUAAUACUUGCUGUUGGCUUAUUUGUUUCACUUAUUGAAGCCAAACCAUACUACAAAUUGUUCAAGAAGAGUGGUCCAAAUGGUGGGAAGCGUGGUCCACAUGGUGGGAACGCAGUUGGUAGCAACUCCAAAUCAGCUGAGGAUGCUAGUGGUGAUAAGAGCGGUCAACUAGGUGGUAACGCAGGUGGUAGGAGCUCAUCAGAGGAUGAUGGAAUUGGUAAUGAAAGUCCAUCUUCCUGGAGUUGGUCCACAUGGUGGAAUAACUUAAAAAGUUCAUAUCCCGCGAGUUGGUCCUCAUGGUGGAAUAACUUAGGCGGUUACUCAUUCAGCUACCCCGAAAGUUCAUAUCCCGCGAGUUGGUCCUCAUGGUGGAAUAACUUAGGCAAUGUGAACAAGAAAGCUAUAUCUAUUGUGGCUCGUGGUAAGAAGGUAAAGAAGGCUACCGCAAAGAAGAGUUUGCUAAUGAAGGCACUGGCUCAUAAUAAAGCUUUGGCUAGGAAGAGGCUGGUCGCCUAAGCAGAAUUGAUCAAGAACAAAAAUAUAUACACAUGUGCCUUGGAGUUCGUAUAUAUUUUCCUGAAGUAAUGUCGGUUUUAACGGGCUUUUUUUUUUCAAGAAAAUGGUAUCUGGUUAAGGGAAUGUAAAUCAACAAAAGUGCUAAAGAUUAAGAUGAUGACAAACUGAAUUGGCAAAUAAAGUUCUGACAUUAUGUGUAAUUUGUUUUUAUGACAUCAAUAGGCCAUCUAAUAUGUAUAGAUGUGUAUCUAAGAUUUUUUUAAAUUUCAUAUAUUAUAGUGACUUUAAAUCCAAUUCACAAAAUGUGAUUGAAAUAAUUUUGGAGACACCCACACACUUCUUUUUUUUUUGAUGACGUGCCUAUGGAUUUAAAUUAGUGUAGGUAAAAAUUUUCAUGUGUAUUUUUUAAAUGGUACAAUUCUUUUUUUUCUCUCUACUAACUUUUAAGUGUCAUCCUUUAAUUAUUUACGCAUUAUGGCAAGAUAAUCAAGGUUUACUAAUUGUUGUAGGGUAGUAAAUCACAAACAACAAUCUAAUGUGAAACAGACUAAUUAUGGUAUAUAUACAUGAAUGCAUAUAGCCUAAAUGUACGGGUUUAUUUGUUAAUUAAAAAUCUUUGUAGAAGCGCUUUGCAA